CGGCCUCACUGCCUGUAGUGACGUUUACAGCCCUUCCAGAUCCACACGGACUGUAACGAAAAAACCGAAACACCACACUCGGCCAGUGCCUUUGAUCGCUAUGAAUUCCACCCCUAAGAAAGACGCGGAGAGCACGUGCGUGCUGUGCUGCCUUGACAUCGAUAUUUUUGCGGUGGGGAAAUGCGAUCACCCGGUGUGUUACCGCUGCUCUACCAAGAUGCGGGUGCUGUGCGAGCAGAAGUACUGCGCCGUCUGCCGGGAACAGCUCGACAAGGUGGUCUUUGUAAAGAAACCUGAGCCUUUUGCAGCUCUGAACAUUCGUCAAUAUCAGUGUGAGAAACAAUAUGAUAUAUAUUUUGCAGAUGGAAAGACGUAUGCACAGUUCAGGAUGAUUUUGUUAAAUGAAUGUCCACAUUGCCCAGAAGCAAAAGUGUUUUCCAAAUUCGAAGAGUUGGAGCAACAUAUGCGGAAACAACAUGAGCUAUUCUGCUGCAAGUUAUGUGCCAAGCACCUGAAGAUAUUCUCUUAUGAGCGAAAGUGGUACAACCGGAAAGAGCUGGCUCGUCAUCGACUGCAAGGGGACCCGGAUGAUACAUCGCAUCGUGGACAUCCACUUUGUAAAUUCUGUGAUGAUCGCUAUCUGGACAACGAUGAGCUGCUGAAACAUCUGCGGCGAGAUCACUACUUCUGCCAUUUCUGUGAUGCAGAUGGAGCUCAGGAGUAUUACAGUGACUACCAAUACCUCAGUGAGCACUUCAGAGAGAGCCAUUAUCUCUGUGAGGAGGGCCGCUGCAGUACAGAGCAGUUCACUCAUGCUUUCCGCACAGAGAUUGACUAUAAGGCUCACAAAGCUGCUGCACACAGCAAAAACCGGGCAGAGGCACGGCAGAAUCGACAAAUCGACAUACAGUUCACCUAUGCAUCCAGACAGCAACGAAGAAAUGACGCUCUGGUUGGUGGUGAUGACUACAAUGAAGUGGAACGCUUCAACAGACAGGGACGGCCGGGAAGAGGACGAGCUCCUGGAGGACAGCAGAACGUAAGGAGCUGGAGAUAUAAUAGAGAGGAGGAGGACAGAGAGGUGGCUGCUGCUUUACGAGCAUCGAUGGUCAGCCAUGUACAGGAGGAGAGGGGUCACGUCCAAGACCGAAGCAGCCAGAAGCCAGGCAAAGAAGAUACGAUGGAACCAGAGGAGAUGAGAAAGAACAGAGCUAUAGUGAAGCCGCUGAAUGAAAAGCAAGCUCAAGCAAUGAAGAGUAAUGCCUCUUUGGCUGGUGAGGACUUCCCAGUUUUAAGGGCAGUUGUGCCUCCGGCCCCAAUUCAAAGCAUGGUCAAACAAACUCCUGUCUCGCUGAAUGAAGGUGAUUUUCCAAGUCUGUCUGGCUCUGUUGUUUCCUCCCCAAUGACACCUGCUUACACAAAUCAACCCAAGAAACAUUCAUCCUUUCAAGAGGAGGACUUCCCAGCACUGGUCUCCAAGAUCAAGCCACUUAAGCCCCAGACGAACACAAAAUCUGCAUGGUCUCAAGCAGGAAGUAAACCUGUGGUGGUUCCCAAUAAUAAACCUGUGGUUCUGCCAACCAAAACCACCCCUGCAGUCUCUUUAUCCAUAUUAUCUGCCAGUGACCCACCCCCCAGUGGUAGCAUGCCUCAGCAUCUCACUGCCACCUCAUCUCGAAGCAAAAAGAAGCUUGCCCCAGCAGAAACCAAAAAAGCUCCACCUAAAGUUAGGUGUCCAUCUUCGUCUGACGAUGAAGAAUCCCAGAACUGUAAAACGGCCCAGGAGAUCCGUGCGGUACCCACCAUGCUUGACAUCUCUACUUUGCUGACAGUGAAGGGUGGCUCAUCUCAGCCAAAUCCCAAAACCAUCAAGAAGAAGCUGGCAACGACAUCAUCUCCUGGUACUCCGUCGCACAUCGCGGAGUCAGUGUCCAAAUUGGCUCACAAAGAGAAUGUUCCUGAGACAAAACCACCAGACACCAGUCUCGCCAAAGGUCCUACAGCCCCAAAAAUUUACUCAUUUAUGAAUGGACUUGCAGAGAAGACAACAGAAGCACUGUCAUGUACAACAUUUCCUGAAAAUAUUCCUUCCCCUUUAAAGAAGGCUGAAAAUGACCAAAUCAGUCCACCCAAGGAAGAGGAAUUUCCUGCUCUUAUCUCAAAAAAAACUCCACCUGGUUUUAAAAGUGCAUUUCCCUUAAAGGGCAUUCAGAGUUUGCUCCCUCCUCCUCCUCCUGGACUCGGGUCUGUGGUCAGCAAACCUCCUCCAGGAUUCACUGGCAUCCCACUCAACAGAAAUUUAGUGGAACCUUCAAUGUCUGCUGUUAACAGAUCAACACCUGCUAUUGGAUCCUACCUCAUACCUGAAAAUUUCCAGCAGAGAAAUAUAGACCUUAUUCAGUCGAUUAAUAAUUUUCUUCAAAAUGAUGAAACCAAAUUUAAUGAAUUCAAAAACUAUUCAGGCCAAUUUAGACAGGGUAAAAUACCUGCUACCCAGUACUACAAAAGCUGCCAGGAACUGCUGGGAGAGAAUUUCAACAGGGUCUUCAAUGAGUUGCUGGUUCUCCUACCAGACACUCGCAAGCAGCAGGAGCUUCUUACUGCCCAUGGGGACUUUAAGGCCCUUGAGAAACAGCAGCAAGGCUCAAAGCCCAAGAAGAACAAAAAGAAAGCCUGGCAGACAGGUAGUACCAGCAACAGCCUGGAGCUGGACUGUCAAGUGUGUCCCACCUGUAAACAGGUUUUGGCCCUGAAAGACUUUAACAGCCAUAAGACCCAGCACAUUGGAGACGAUGACUUUCCCUCUCUCCAGGCCAUAAGCAAGAUCAUCAGUUAG